CAGCCCCCUCUGCAAUUUCUCUGCUUCCCUUCUCACUGUCCUGCAGGACAGGGUCCUGAACUCCAGCGUUGGGGCCCCAGCUCAGCAGAGCAGUGUGACGAAGCUGUGGGGGCCAGCUCGAGGAUUUUCUUCACUGGGGCUCCCAGCCAGCUGGCUGUCUGCACUUCUUUCCCCACCUCCUCCUCCCCUUCAUACCUUUUGGGAUCCCUGACCCAGCCCCAGGAUCUCAGACUAUGCCUCCCGACCUCACUGGCUACUACCGCUUCAUCUCUCAGAAGAACUUGGAGGACUACCUGCAAGCUCUGAAUAUCAACAUGGCUCUGCGGAAGAUUGCCCUGCUGCUCAAGCCGGACAAGGAAAUUGACCAGCGGGGCAACCACAUGACGGUGAAGACCCUCAGCACCUUCCGGAACUACAUUCUGGAAUUCGAGGUGGGAGUGGAGUUUGAGGAGGACCUGAGGAUCGUGGAUGGACGCAAGUGCCAGUCCAUAAUCACCUGGGAAGGGGAGCAGCUGGUUUGCGUGCAGAAAGGAGAGAUCCCUAACCGGGGCUGGCGACUCUGGCUGGAGGGAGAGAUGUUAUAUCAGGAAGUGACCGCACGGGAUGCAGUGUGCCAGUGUAUCUUCAGGAAGGUCAAGUAACCGGAGAGGAACUGAGGGCCCCCCUCCCCUCCUGGACCACAUGGGUCCCCAGAUUCCUCUUGCCUGUGUCCCCUUCAAACCCAGAUGGCCCCAGGUCAGCAGUCCCUGUCCCAGGCCGCUUACCCUGCCUCUGCAUCCCCCCUCCCCCGCCCCAUGUUAAUCUAUAACUUGCAGCCCCCGGGCCAAAGUCCUUUUCUUCUCACAUUCCACUGCCCAAUAGUGACCUCAUAUCCAGCUCAAGGUCUGGCCUCCUGGAUGAGAGAAACACGCAAAGGGAAAGGGCCUUUGAGAAUAAUGAACCUCCGCUCUCUUUCA